GUUAGUGGGCCUAGCAGCCCAUUUCUGUUCCAGUUCGUUUCGUCGCGCUUUCAAGCCGCCAUGGUUCGCCUGAGCAGAGACCAAGUGUUGAAGGAUCAACGGACUUCCGACCCGGCCUCCGUCACGUCUCUCACCCUCACUCACAAAGCUCUUUCUGAUGUUUCUUGCCUCGGUGAAUUCAAGAACCUGGAAAGGCUCGACCUUGCUUUCAACAGUCUCACUUCGCUCGAGGGAUUGAAUUCGUGUGUCAAUUUGAAGUGGUUGUCAGUCGUGCAAAACAAGCUGCAGAGCUUGAAAGGAAUCGAAGCGCUUCCUAAUCUCACCGUUCUAAAUGCUGGGAAAAACAAGCUUAAGUCAAUAGAUGAGGUCAAAUCUGUAGUGAGCUUGAGAGCAUUAAUCCUAAAUGAUAAUGAGAUUGUUUCGGUUUGUAAGCUGGAUGAAUUGAAAGAGUUGAAUACUCUUGUGCUUUCUAGGAACCCGGUCCGUGAAAUUGGUCAAUCCCUGACAAAGGCAAAAUCCAUAACAAAGCUUUCUAUGUCACAUUGCCAACUUCAGAACAUUGGUUCUUCCCUUAAGGCUUGCAGUGAGCUCAAAGAACUUAGACUUUCUCAUAAUGAAAUUAAUAUUCUUCCAAGCGAGUUGGCGUAUAACAAAAAACUACAGAAUUUCGACAUUGGGAAUAAUUCCAUCACAAGAUGGUCAGAUCUGAAGGUCCUGAGCUCAUUGGUCGAUCUGAGAAACCUCAAUUUGCAAGGCAAUCCUAUUGCUGACAAGGAUAAGCUACUGAAGAAGAUGAAGAAGCUAUUGCCAAAUUUGCAAAUCUUCAAUUCUAAACCAAUUGACAAAUCCAAGAAGAGUGGGAAGACUGAUAAUAGAUUCGAUGACAUGUUGCAUGUUCCAACUAAGGAGCAAAACGAAAGCGGCGAGCUUGAUAAUGCUACUGAGAGUUAUCCAGAAACAGCUGAAACUGAAGGUGACAAGAAACGCAAGAGGGAAAAGGUACAGCAGGGAGAGAACAAUGAUAGUAAUGAUCGUGAUGUAGAAAAAAACCCCUUGAAGGAAAAAAGAAAGAAGAGUAACGAAGAGAAACUAAACAGAAAAGAGGCUCCUGUCGAGGAUGAUACAACGGCGAAGAAGAAAUCAAAGGUGAAGGAAGCAAGGAAGGAACUUGAUAUUAUUGACAGUGCUGAAACGUCAUUUGCAGACUUCUUUGCCAAUGGUGCUGUGGAAAGGUCAGAACAUCUUCCUGAGGAUAAAAUAGUCGACCGAUCUUUAGUUAGCUUCGUUACAACCUCGACAAAGAACAGGAACAAAAACCGCGAUCCAAAUCUCAUCGCCCAGUUGUCUGCAGAGGUCGAGAUCGGGCUAGGUGGGCCGUCGAUAUGGGGUGAUGAAUAAUCAUGCUGCUGCUCUCAACAAGAUUGGCUUGAUAACUUUUCGAGCUCUUAUUGGAUCAGAAAAUCUAACUCAGAUGUUGACGCAACAGACUUGAGAUUCUAGUUGUAGUUGAAACCCAGGAGACUUGAAGCAGAUAGAGUGCACUUCUGGAAGUAGCUGUUCAUCCUGUUGAGAAGCUGAGACAUGUAAAUCCCAAAAAAAUUAGUUCUGCACGACUGUAGAUUCAGUGCUCGUUGUGUUGAUCCGACAGUUUUUGUGUAUUAUUAGCUUAUCAUUUCAGGAUUGUGUAUUAUUAGCUUAUCAUUUCUUCUUGCUGCUUGUGACUUUUACAAAGCUAAUCAUGAAGUUAGAUUACAACUUUUUAAGGACCGAACAACUGCUGUUGCAACUGAAGUGCU